AUGACUGGUAUUGCAGCGAAGACAUCAGCAAUGUUCAACAACGGCGUGACCAGCGUCGAAGUUGUGGACAGUGAUAACGACGAUAUUGGUGUUGAAACGAGUGGAAUAAAAAAGUUAUGGGUACCAUCAAUGAAUAAAUUUCGACAAUUUUUCAAAUCAUCUCCGAGUACGAUGUCCAGUAAUAAUAAACGUCACUGGCGCAAGCGUCAAAACAAAACAGAUACUGAGAACGACCAGUACUAUGACCCGGACGAUGAUCAAGACGAUUACAGUGACAAGCAGGAGCUACACCAACAUGUUGAUGAUGGAAAUGGUAGUAAAAGUCAUGACAUAGAAGAAGAUGACGAUGACGAUGAAGAGUAUCAAGACGAAGACAGACAAGUGCGAAAGAAAAUGCUCAGAAAACAAAACAAGAAAGAGGUAGAAGUAAAAAAAAAAAAAAAUACUGAAAUACGUUUAUUACUGGCUAAAUCAUCAGAUGACACUAAAAAGAACUCAAAAAUAAUUUCGGAAUCUACCGCUGUAGUCUCGAUAGUGGACGAAAUAGAUUGUAAAGAAAAUCCAAACACUAAUAUCAAUGAUGGUGAAAGGGAAACUUGGGAAAGGAAUGCAGAUUUUUUGCUAUCUAUUAUUGGGUUUGCAGUAGAUUUGGCGAAUAUUUGGAGAUUUCCAUAUCUUUGCUACAGAAACGGUGGAGGAGCAUUUUUAAUACCGUACUUUUUAAUGUUGAUAUUCGGCGCGGUUCCCCUAUUUUAUAUGGAACUCAUAUUAGGCCAAUAUAAUAGACAGGGGCCAAUAAGUGUGUGGAAGAACGUAUGUCCUCUUUUUAAAGGAGUUGGAUUUUGUGCUGUGUUGGUUGCAUUUUAUGUAUCAUUUUACUAUAACGUUAUUAUUGGUUGGUCGCUGUAUUUCUUGGCAAUGAGUACAACCAGUAGCUCGGGACAGCUGCCGUGGGUGCACUGUAACAAUACCUGGAACACAGAUACGUGCGUUGAACAGAAAGAUGAUUGGGCAUCGGCCUAUAACCAAUCGGAUCAUGUUCAUAAUUAUCUACCUCGGACUCUCGCAAAUGGAACUUUACUUUCAAUGUCCGAUGGUACUUCGAUAAUAGGCGGUAAUUUCAACAACCAAAGUUCACCGGCGGCUGAAUAUUUCCACCGCGGAGUGCUUGGCAUGCAAAUGAGCGACGGUCUCAACGAACUGGGUUAUCCAAAAUGGCAAUUGGCGCUGUGUGUGUUCAUCGUGUACGUUAUGCUGUACUUGAGCUUGUUCAAAGGUGUUAAGUCGUCCGGAAUUGUCGUUUGGGGCACGGCCACACUACCGUAUUUAGUAUUGACAAUCUUGUUGAUUAGAGGUCUCAUGUUACCUGGCUCGCUAACCGGCAUAACCUAUUAUUUACAGCCCGAACUGUACCGCCUUUUAGAUACACAAGUGUGGGUGGACGCAGCCGUUCAGAUAUUUUAUUCGGUAGGAGCCGGGUUCGGGGUUCACUUGUCGUACGCGUCAUACAAUAAUAUAAAAAACAAUUGUUACACUGACUGCUUGAUUACAACGGCCGUCAACUGCUUCACCAGUUUCUUUUCCGGUUUUGUUAUAUUCACUUAUUUGGGUUUCAUGUCACACAAACAACAUAAGCCCAUAAGUUCGGUAGCCACUGAGGGUCCUGGUCUGGUGUUUCAAGUUUAUCCCGAAGCUGUAGCAACGUUACCCGGAUCAAAUAUCUGGGCCAUGUUGUUUUUUUUCAUGUCCAUCACGUUGGGCAUUGAUUCGGCGAUGGGUGGAUUAGAAUGCGUCAUUACUGGACUGAUGGACGAAUUUAGUGGCUUCUUUAAGAACCGUAAAUGGCCACGUGAACGUUUCACGUUUGCAGUCAUAGGUAUAUCGUUUUGCGUGGCUCUGAUAAAUGUGACACCGGGUGGCAUUUAUAUGCUUCAUUUAUUGGACACGUAUGCUGCUGGUAUAUCUCUGCUGUGUUCGGCAUUAUUUGAAUGCAUAGCUGUAUCGUGGUUUUAUGGUUUGGAGAAAUUUUGCGACGACGUGGAGAGUAUGAUCGGCCACCGUCCCGGCCUAUAUUGGCGAUUAUGUUGGAAAUUCGUCAGCCCAAUGUUCAUUAUAGGAGUAGUGACUUUUGCUUUGAUCGAUCACCAACCGCUGAGCUAUAAUGGUUACGUGUAUCCAGAAUGGGCUGAAUGGCUGGGCUGGACACUAGCCUUUUCAUCGAUACUUAUGAUACCUGGUAUGGCUAUAGUGCAAAUGUGCAGAGCAAGUGGUUCGUUCAAAAAGAGAUUGGCAUAUAACAUCACGCCAUUGAAUGAGCGUGAAUCGAUGGAAAAGAAUAAGGGCGAAUGUACUAGAUUUCGUCUAAAGCACUGGCUAUAUGUUUAG